AAACUCGAAACACGGUAGCAAAACCCAGCGUAUAAUACGAGACUUGUAAAUAUACUUACUGCAUACACACAGUAUAUAUACCAAAGAGGCGGGAAAAUAUUAAACCCUAGUACCCAACCUUUGAGAAAUUGGCUUCCUUUCUGUGACAUUGGCUUUCCGAUUUCUAUCCAAAAAUGGGAAUUAAGGGUUUAAUGAAGCUGUUGGCGGAUAAUGCUCCAUCUGGUAUGAAGGAGCAGAAAUUCGAGAGCUAUUUCGGCCGUAAAAUUGCAAUCGACGCUAGUAUGAGCAUUUACCAGUUCCUGAUUGUGGUAGGACGAAGCGGUACGGAAAUGCUUACAAAUGAAGCUGGGGAAACUACUAGUCAUUUGGUUGGGAUGUUUUCACGGACAAUUAGGCUUUUGGAAGCUGGAAUCAAGCCAGUUUAUGUUUUUGAUGGGAAGCCCCCUGAUUUGAAGAAACAAGAACUUGCAAAACGUUACUCUAGAAGGGAAGAUGCCACAGAUGACUUGGCUAAGGCUACAGAGACUGGCAACAAGGAGGAUAUUGAGAAAUUCAGCAAGAGAACAGUAAAGGUUACGCCGCAACACAAUGAGGACUGCAAAAAACUUCUCAGACUGAUGGGGGUACCUGCUGUUGAGGCUCCUUCUGAAGCAGAGGCUCAGUGUGCUGUACUUUGCAAGGCAGAAAAGGUCUAUGCUGUGGCCUCAGAAGAUAUGGAUUCCUUAACUUUUGGAGCUCCAAAGUUUCUUCGCCAUUUAAUGGAUCCUAGCUCCAAAAAGAUACCAGUAAUGGAAUUUGAUAUCUCCAAGGUAUUGGAGGAGCUCGAACUUAGUAUGGAUCAAUUCAUAGACUUGUGCAUUCUUUGUGGAUGUGAUUACUGUGAUAGCAUCCGAGGCAUAGGGCCGCAGACAGCUUUGAAGCUUGUACGCCAACAUGGGUCAAUGGAGAGCAUAUUGGAGAAUAUUAACAAAGAGAGAUAUCAAAUACCUGAUGAUUGGCCUUAUAAUGAGGCUAGGCGACUCUUCAAGGAACCAUUAGUUGUUACAGAUGAUGAGCAAACUGAACUAAAAUGGGCUGCUCCGGAUGAAGAAGGGUUGGUUAACUUUCUGGUGAAGGAAAAUGGAUUCAACAUUGAUAGAGUUACGAAGGCAAUAGAAAAGAUCAAGACAGCCAAGAACAAGUCUUCUCAGGGGCGGUUAGAAUCAUUCUUUAAACCAGUUAGCACAUCUGCUCCAAUUAAAAGAAAGGAACCAGCCCAGACCACUGACAAAGGAGCUGCUAACAAGAAAUCAAAGGCUGGUGGUGGCAAGAAGAAAAAGUAGUUAGUGUCAAGUCAAAGCUUGCAGUAAUGUGAUGGUUUCGUACCUUGGUCAGUAAGAGUGGUCCAGUCACAUUGCUGCUUGCGGAGUCCGUGGUAGCUGGUGGUUCAGUCACGUUGCUGCUUGCGGAGUGCUUGGUAGCUGGUCAAUUUUGUUUGUUCUUCAGGAAGAAAUACCAGUUAGUUGGGCUUCAUUUCAAAUGUCUUGUUUCAUUUUUUAGUUUCUUAGCCCAAGAGACCCCCCAACCCCAAAUGAAUGAACUGGCGUCAGCAAGAUAUAGUCAGUGCACUGGGCAUCUGAAACCGUCACUUAGUCUAGCACUUUGAUAUUGAUGUAUGAAUCCGGAUUAUCCAGUUGUGUGAAUUGGCAUUUCUGUCAGUUGCAUGUACAAUUUAAAGCACAACACAAAAACUGAUUUAGCAAUUCCGACAGUUGAUGCAA